GUCAUGAAGGAGAAGGGCAAGAGGUCAUCUGAACACAUCCACCAGAUCGAUGUGGACGUGAGCAGGACAUUAAGGACUCACAUCUUCUUCAGGGAUCGAUACGGAACCAAGCAGCGGGAACUAUUCUACAUCCUCCUGGCAUAUUCGGAGUAUAACCCGGAGGCGGGCUACUGCAGGGACCUGAGCCACAUCGCGGCCUUGUUUCUACUUUAUCUGCCUGAGGAGGAUGCAUUCUGGGCACUGGUGCAGCUGCUGGCCAGGGAGAGGCACUCCCUGCAAGGAUUCCACAGUUCAAACGGCGGGACAGUCCAGGGCCUCCAAGACCAUCAGGAGCAUGUGGUCCCCACGUCACAGCCCAAGACCAUGUGGCGUCUG